GCAACCGAUCCCAGGCAGCGCAGCCACACACAAGCCAUCACCAACUCUCAUUCCUUCAUUCCUUUAUCCUAUCCCCGACCUCUCUUCGGCAUGGGGAACUUCGCGUCCUGCACGCUGGCCAGGAUCCCCGGGGCGGCCAAGGGCGCCAGGGUCGUGCUCCCCGACGGCGGGCUCAGGCUGGUCAGGCCCCCGGCGACGGCGGCCGAGCUGAUGCUCGAGGCGCCGGGCCAUUUCUUGGCCGACGCGCGCGCGCUGCAGGCCGGGCGCCGGAUCGAGGCGCUCGCGGCUGACGAGGACCUCGAGCUCGGCGGCGUCUACGCCGCCUUCCCCAUGAAGCGGCUUGGCUCCAAGGCCGCGCCCGCUGACUUGGCGCGCCUGGCCGCCGUUUUCGCGAGGGAGGCUCAUGGGCGGAGGCCCGCUUCGGCCAAGGUGGCGGCCAUCGUCGUGGCGCCGCCCGAGGUGGCUUCCGUUGCCGCCGAGGCGGACCUCGCGCCUGUCAGGGCGCCCCGGUUGGAUGAGAUGGCCGUGGACGACGAGGCGGCUGCGGCGGAGAUCGGGGAGCUCAAGCAACGGAUUAGCGGCGGUCGCUUGUCGAGGCGGCGACCGACGUUGGAGACCAUACACGAGGAGAGCUACGCCGCACUAGCAUGCUAAAGCUACAAGUCA